CGACAUGGCGCGGGAAACCCGGGAAAUAAUGGACAGUAGCCGAGAUCUCGGUACCGAGUCUGAAAGCCACUAUCCGUCGACUUUAAAACUGUAUGAGGCCCAGUUUUUCGGCUUCACUCCGCAGACAUGUAUGUUACGAGUCUACAGCGCCUUUCAGGACUGUCUAUCCGACAUCUUGCUGGUUGUGGAAAAGGUUUGUGUGAGGCAGCUUAGCAAAGGAGAGUCGGACGGGUCUGAGGAAGUGCUCCGGUCCCGGGCCAGGGAGUGCAGCCGUAAACUGCAGCAGUACCUCGAUGACCGGUUUAAACAGCUGUCGGAGCGGAUGGAGUCACUUCUAAUUGACCGCUGUUUCUCCAUACCGCCCAAUGUCCUGCUGCCCGAGGACCAGUCCCACAAAAAAUACCCACAACACAUACAGGAGCUGCUGAACCUCGAGUCUUCCAUUGUUGACCUUCAGAGCGCCUACGAAGCAGAGGUCUGUGCCAGACAGGCCUUGCUGGCUGAGCUAGAGGAACAGAGGGAGAUGCAGAAGCAGCUGGAUGGAGUCCUGUCAUGGGUCAGAGAGCUCCAGGUGGCCUGGGUGAAGGAAGGUAACGGCAGCUUUCAUGAAAGCUUCCAACUGGUGAUGGAGUCCGUAAAGAGACUGCAGGAGGCCAUUAGGGAGGUCUGUCAUAAAACAUCUCUCUGAAUGGAUCUCAGAUUUGUGAAACAAACGUUUAAAUUGUAUCCUGUUCUAAGUCUAUCUGAUACAGACUGGAGAAUUCAGCUGAAAAAGUAAUACUUUGUUAGUCCAGUUUUAAUAUCUUUUGUUGAUUUAAACACGAGUGAAUUUCUUCCUUAAAUGCACAACUAUUGUAGCAAAGCACAAUACUUACUCUGAAUCACAGAGCCUCUAUUUAAACCUAUGGGCUGGUUUUGCCAACUUGGAUUGUACCUUUUCACAGCUGUGACAACUGUGAAAAGAUGACUGAAAAGAUCCUUAAACCCUCAUAAUAUGUCCCAUUCAGCGUUUUCUUUAUAUUGAAAAACACAGCAGAAACAUCAGCUACUUUUAUACUAAUGUACCUAAUAAAGGAGGUGGAUGGAGUUCUGUUUGUUUCUGUCAUCUACCCCCUCAUAGCUUCACCUACACUGCUUGAAAUUAAGACCCAUUAUCUGAAAACAUCUAUAUUUCUUCACUUUAUUUGUAUCACUACUUUGUAUUUGUUGAAUUUUCUUUCAUUGGUUAUGGUUUAGAUGUUUUAGACAUUAGGUCCCCAUGCCAAGAGCUUCAGGAUUUAAGAUGCACUGGUGCCCAGCAGAGGGCGCUCUGUGUAUGUGUACAGAACUCACUCAGACUAAUACACCCUCACCCAGUCUACACAUGCAGGUAUGUCCAAAUGGUCAACACUUCUUUGUUCACUCUCAGCUGCAGUUGGGGUUCCCAGUCUCUGGCACCUUUAUUUGGGGUCGUGAGCUGAAAAGUUCCAGAACCCCUGUACUGUAGGACUAUAGGAUAGGGUUGUCCUGAUACCUGAAUUUUCAACUACAGUACAAUUUUCGUAAAAAUUAACCAUCUCGAUAGAAUUCCAAGGUACCCAGUGAUGGAAAAUUUCUUGUUCUUACUUAUGAUUGGGAAAAAUGUAUAUUUUGCCAUUUAGGCAAACUGCUGGCAUUUUUUGUUGGAUUCAUUCCCUGUGUAUUACCAGUCCUAUGAAAUAGAUGCUUGGGUACUAUUGGAUGCUGUGAGUCAUUAUAUUUAUAGAUUGUAUUGUACUAAAAUCAUUAAUCAAAGCGGUCAAAACAAGCUUCAUGUAGGAUAUGAAGCCUACUAGAAUUAUUUUAAAUGAAACAGACUGCCAAAUUCUGCAGGGUGUUUAUAUUCACAUUAUUAUUUCUUCAUUUUACAAAAUGUGUUGACUGUUUUGGAUCUGAAGUCAUUAAUGCAGUAGACCACUAGAGGGCACCAGUGCUUUUUAUAAAUCAUGUACCCAUUCGUCCUCUGUGAUCUGACUCAUAGUCCCUGUGGAAAUUGAAUGAUCAGGCUGGUAAAGUGAUCCAGAACUGAAAUCCCUCUAUUUUAGUGAGAUACAGGGAGGAUUCAUGAUUGUUAAUACUUCCAUUAGAUUUUCAGCCCCAACAACCACAAUUAAAACUAAAAGUACACAAACAACAGGAGGCUCAGUGUAAACGGUAAACAUUUGUUUUAGCAUUCCUGGGAUGUGUGUGUUUGUGUGUCACCUGCCUGUUGUGGCUUGAGAAAGUAUCUGUCCAAAUGGGGAGCUUCAGCAAUUAAUUGUUUCUUUGUAUGCUGGUGUUUCCUGGGCCUGGAUAAAUAUGAUCUCUGUGCUGUAAUGGUGCUAUUGAUAUGUUUGUGUUGUAAUAAAUGAUCGAUAAAAUCCUGUCUAUCUAGAAAAUUGGC